AAACUUCAGUCAACCCAGCUCUUUCUCUGGUCCUCAGCCACCAACUAGUAAGUUUGAAAUGGGUUAAGAAAGUCGAAGGAUAGACACUGACAGAUUUCUCUGCUGGUAUGAAUUAGAAAGUUACAGUGAACACAAAAUGUCACCACAGCAUAUGAAAGUGAAAACAGCCUUUUAUUGACAUGGUUCUGCUCAUUGAAGCAAACAUCUGAGUCGAGGAACUACAAGAAACACAUAGUUCUAUGAGAAGGAACUGGAAGCUCGGAGUAUGCAGAACAGCUGUAAUCCAAAGGAUAAAACAUUUCGGAGCAAGAGAAUAAAAGACUGAAUGUUUGAAUAAUGUCCAAAUGUUCCAGCCAAAAUAUCUAAUCAAUGAAAAAGAAAAUGCUCUUAUCAAAGAACUGAAGUACAAUAUACAUAUGCGCAACUUGAAAUAUUGUAACUUUUAUUGUAAGUUUUCUUUUUUAUGCAGGUUAUAUUUUUACUGAAUUCAUUUUAGGGACGAAUGUCAUAUGAUUUACUCUGCUCUGACAUAGGGUGAGUGUCAGUACACCCUAUGAUAAAAUGUUAGUUAUGUGAAAUAUGAUGUGUUGUUAAAGGUCUAAUCACCCAAAGGUUAUUGUCGUAAUUGAAUUAAAAGCCACUUCAACCAGCAACAUUAAAACGCCUGUAACUCAUCCAAUGAUCUGUAUUAAUAAUCCAAUAUGUCUAUGUGUAAUACAACGGUGUGGAUCAGGGCCUUUUCUCAUGAAUACAUCUCUGCUCAAAUUGUUGCACUUUAAUACAAGGUGGAUUUUUAAUGCAGUAAAUUUACAUUUAAUGGAGGAUAUUUAAGUUAUGGCAUUCGAAUGAUAAUUAAUCAAAACACUUCCAACACAAGGUAUGACAUUUAUGUUUGAUUUAUAUGCAUGUUGGGACCCCUGGUGGUUCCAUGUCACCUAAGCAUUGUCACCCUGGCUGUUCAUGUGCCACAGUACUGAAGUGUACAGAGAAGCACCUGUUCAUCUCACACAUCAGAUUCUCUGACAAUAAGUUCUUCAACCACUCUGAUGCUCUUUAAGUCACCUUUUUCCAGCCCAGUGGAUUUUUAACACAAGUUUGAAACUCAACCAGACUGGUGAUUUUCUCAGUGUGGGAGGUUAGACUAAGUUACUGCCUGCUCUGGCUCCUCUACCUUCACUGCUAUAGUGACGCACAACGUGGAACAGGAUGUGUGUGUAUGGGUGGAUUGGUACAGAGGUUGAUCACAGAUGGAUGUUUGUGCGUUGAUACCAGUGUUUUACUGAAGACUACAGGAUGGACUCCAUCUCUCAGAGCCUGCAAGAUCAGAUCUCAGAGCUGCUGAAACCUCAGAGAGUCUGUCUGGUGACGCCUGUUGUUCUGAACAACUCCACUCAGACAUGUGGGAGAUCGUCCGACACGUUUGUGGUGCUGAGUCUGUGGAGAGGUUACCUGGUCGUGAACAAGCAGCCUGUCAGGGUGGAGAGCACUUUCAGCUACAUAGAGGUUUGCUCCAUCAACAUUCACAGUCUCACACAGAUCGUGUUGGAGACAGACAGGCAGACUCUGUCUUUCGGCGUAUUGCAUGUUGAGGAUCUUGAGGCCAUGGUCACUCACAUGACUGCUUCACUGAAGAGGAUCUUCCCUGAUUCAUCUCCAGGAAAGCUAUUAAAGACGAUUCCUGCAGAUCUCCAGCAGAGACUCAUCACAUUGACUGCUGUGAUAGAGGAGCAGAUGAACAGUCAGCCUGGCUGCUGUGGAGGAUUCUCUGAUACCUAUGCUGCUCUAUGUGAUUUCCAUGAGAUGCCAUUUAUAGAGGAGAUUCAGUGGGAUGUUGACAACAUCUACUACAAGCACAACUGCAGACAGUUCAACCUGCACGACUUCAGCCACUUAGACAGCAGAGAUUUGGCGUUAGCAGUAGCAGCUCUGUCCUUCAACCACUGGUUUACCAAGAUCUACUGCAAAGAUCUCAAAAUGUCAGUAGAUGUCCAGAAGCAGCUGACUUUCCUGCUCUCCAGGUCUCCCAGUGUGGAGGAGCUCUCACUGGAGGCCAGUGGACUCAAACCUGACUUUGCAGUCAAAAUGGCCGCCGCCCUGCAUGAGCACGCCUGCUCUACCCUGCAUUCCAUCAACCUCUCAGGCAAUCCAAUCGAAGACAAAGGUGUAACAGCUCUCAGUCAGGAGCUGGAAAAUCGACCUAAAGGACUCAAGCACCUUUCUCUGUCCAGAGUAUCAAUGACUGCAAGAGGUAUGGGCUGUCUGAGUCAGCUGUUAUGCUCCAGUCAGCUCUUCUCCACCUCUCUGACCCACCUUGAUCUGUCUGCUAACCCCAGCACCCUGGUUACUGAGGAGGCCAUGUUUCUCUUCAGGUUCUUGUCCAGCCCUAACUCUCUGUGUCACCUGGACCUCAGUGAUACCAGCUGUCCCCUUGACACGUUAUUUGUAUCGCUCUCCUCUGGCUUUUGUUACAAACUGAUGCACCUGAACCUUGCCAGGAAUCCUUUCAGCCACAGAAAGGGGCGAGGGGUGACCAGGAGCAUUGAAGAGUUCUUCAGUCAGAGCUGUGAGCUGAAAUAUGUGAACCUUUCUGUGACCAAACUACCUCCACAAGCUCUCAGGUUAUUACUACAGGGCCUGGCAACCAACACCCAUCUCUCUGGUCUGGAGUUGGACCUUAGUAGCUGUGAGCUACGUUCUGAAGGGGCCCAGGUGAUACAAGAGCAUAUCUCUGAAGCUACUGCUAUCAAAAGUCUGGAUAUCUCUGACAAUGGUUUUGAAAAUGACAUGGUGACUCUGGUCCUGUCUCUGGGUCGUUGUCGCUCUCUUCAACGUCUCGCUCUAGGGGGGAACUUUGCCAUGAAGUCCAGAGCUCUCACUGAUGUUCUUCAUCGUAUAGCUCAGCUCAUUCAGGAUGAAGAGUGUCCCUUGCAGUCUCUAUCAGUGUGUGACUCCAAGCUGAAGACUGGGAUGCACAUCCUGCUGAGCGCUCUGGGAGGCCACACAGCUUUGGCUGAACUGGACAUCAGUGGAAACAACAUUGGAGACACUGGAGCCAAAAUGCUGGCUAAAACCCUGAUGAAUAACACUAGACUGAGGUCUCUGACAUGGGACAGAAACAAUGUGACUGCCAGGGGUUUCCAGGAUGUGGCAGAUGCGUUGGAAAGGAACUUCACUCUGCAGCAGGUGUCUCUGCCUCUGGCUGAUAUCACACAGAGUUACCGCAGUGACCCUGACAGAACAAAAGAGGCCCUGCACAAGAUUCAGCAGUGUUUGGACAGAAACAACCAGAGAAAGUUUGACAGAGUGGAACUUCAGCGAGUGUUUGUAUCUCAACAAUCUGAAAAGCUGGUUCAUGGUAUGUGUCGGCAGCUGGAGGACAGUCUUCAACAGUUAAACCCCUGCAGCAUUCAGGAGGCCCAGGCUGACAUCCUAACAGCCCGCGAGGUGCUGCACAAUGCCAGAGAGUCGUGCAAGGUGCUUCCCUCUCUGUAUGAGGCAGGAAGGACAUGUGCCUCUCAUGGAGACUUUGUGAACAGCAUCCUCACUAACACAGCUGCUGCACUGACCAAGGAGUUCACACGAAGCAUUCAGGAAAUGGCUCAACGCCUGAUGAGGUGCGCAGGGGCAGUGUGUCCACGUGUAGUCCAGCGGUCAAGUGUGAGUGAGUGUCUGUCAGAGUGUGUGUCCAAAAGAAGCACACUGACACACAUGUUUCUGAGAAGCACUCUGGUGGAGAACACAGCGAUGAUCAUCAUCGACAGACUGAGUGAACUAAGAGAAACAUUGAGUGUCUCUUUGGCUGAAAGCAUCAUAGAACAAGUACUAAAGGAUCUGACAGUAGCACAAGAUACCAUGGAUUGUCUAAUAAAAGAACAUUCAUGCAGUGCUCUUCGAUUCAACAUCCCAGAGCUCCUUCUGGGAGACAGUGACUUACCAACUGAUGAUUACAGUCCAGCGUUUUGGAGAAAUAGCUUCAACUCCAAGAGCCUGAGGCCUGCUUCUUCAAUAAAGAGUCUCCUCGAUGCAGACUGGGAGCAGAAGACCAGGAACAGAGUAGCAAAGGGAGAGAGGGGAGGAGAUGCUGGAGAGGAAAGAGGAGGAGAAGAAAGAUAUGACCUCCCCUCCCUGUCAGUCACAGACACAAGCCCCUCCCCUUCGCCCUCCCCUUCCCCGACCCCCUCCCCCCCGGGAUGGAGGAGGCGGAGGGAGGGGGAGGUGGUGGAUGCUGCAGCAGCAAUAUCAGGAGCGAGAGGAGCAUCGCUCAUUCCUCCUCCCAGUCUCCCCCUCCUGUACUCCAUCUCCACUCCAGCGCCAGAGGAGGAGGCUGCCGGCCGUGGAGGCUCAUCCAGACGAGAAGCUCCCUUCUCCCGCUGCGGCCCCAGCUCUGGAUCCCCCGCUUCUCCCAUGGAGCCUCUACCCACCCAGGGACAGACUCUAAGGCACUACACCGCCUCCCGACCACGGCCACGACGCACACAUACACAACCCCCCUCCUCCAGGCCUCAGGAGCCAGUGUCAAAAGUAGAGAAUGAGGCCAGUGAGGGGAUGGGCCGAGUGGAUGAAGGAGUAGAGGAGUUCUUCACAAAGAAAAUCCUCCCUGACUAUGCACUAAAAGGCCGGUGGGAGGAGUCAAACCCUGCCCAAGCCACUCCCCCAGAAUCAAGUUCCACCCCCUCUGCUUCAACCCCCUUUUCCUCUUCGUCUGAGAAUAUCACCUCCUCUACCACCACCACUGUCACCUCUCCCUCUGUCCCAUACACUGACACAUCCUUUACAUCCACUGAUGUCCCACCCCUAUCUGCAUCCUCCACUACCCCCACACCCUCUUCUGUAACCACCACCACCAACACUGCAAUUCCUACCAAAAACAUCAAGAAAAAGUUUGGCGACUUCUUCGUUUUCAAGAGGGCUCGGGCUGGCCGAGUCACCAAGGCAGGAGGGGGAGAGGGAGGAGGAGGAGAGGGGGUGAAGGUCAAAAGGACCUCCAUUGCAGACCUUAUUCGACCCCUCCGCGAGGCCAAAGAAAGGGAGAGAGAGAGGGAGAGGGACAAGGAGAGAGAAAAGGAGAGAGAGGCAAGGUCAGGGGAGGAUGCUAAUGUUUCUAAUGAUGCCGCCACUACAGAAGGAACCGUUCCCACAAGCCACCAUGUUGUAGGAGAUGCAAGGGAAGUGAUGGCACCUGCCAAUACAUUAACCACAACAACGCCUCCCAGUGAGACCAGUCCUUCUUACCGCACCAUCAGCCCUGACCCCAUUGGUGCUACGCUUUCCAACCUGGAAGAAGAGGCGGUGUUGUCAGGUUGCACCCCCAGCCCCAUGGUCACAUCCCCCUUAACUGAGCAGGAGAGAAGUAGUGUGCUGACGAGAGAGAUGAAGUUGGGAGGGACCCCAUAUGGAGAGAGAAGACUGAAGGCCACCAAGAGGUCACUGAGAGAGGGCAAGAGCCAGAGUCUCAUCCUGCUGACCGGACUGGAGCCUGAAGACAAGGAUAAUAUACACAGUAAGAAACAUGCAUCUGAGAGCACCUCCAGCUUUGAGCAGAGACUUCAGGUGAUGCUGCACAGAAUGGGUGUGGCCAAGACCAGUUCUGCUGACACCAAGACUAACAAAGACGAGGAGCUGAGAAAGGCCAACUCUGAAGGUGCUAUCCUGGAAAAACCUGAACCACCUCCCACAUACAUGAAACCCAGAACCAUGUCCACAUCAUCAGCAGACCCUAGGCAUCUUAUUAGAGUGCUGGACCCCAUCCGACCAGACCCUCCCCUUCACCCGAAGCCCAGCCUCCAUGAUCGCCCCUUUGGCUCCCUGCCACCCAAACCUGCCAUCGCAGCCAAACCUCCCCUCCCCACCCCAGCUGCUCCUGCAGGGGGAGGAGCUCGUCCAUCUUCUGCUCCUCCAUCCAGCAGCAUGGCAGAAAGAGUCCCGCUCAGAGCACACACACGUGAUGGCAGGCCAGGCGAGAGUGCAGUACAGAAUGGAGGCCAGGACGGUCCCCAGGGUGCAGCCUCGGCGCCGUCCCCCAGGAAAGAGCAGCUUCCUCCAUCCCCAUCUCCAUGGAGGGGUCCCAGUGCACAGGAUCGCCAGGAGAAAGCACAAUCAGUGACAGACGAGUGUCUUCCCAAGCCACGCCAACAUGUGAAGCCCCUUCCACAACGUAGAGCUGUGUCCGUCCAUGAAGACGCUCUGGCUAUGACACAAGAGCUGAAGGCGGUGUUACAGAGGUCCCCCAUCCGUUUCCGGGGAAACAGAGGGGACUUACCCACCUGCACUGAAGAUCCAUCCAGUGCAGAGGAAGCACAAAGAGCUCAGGAAGCCAGUGACAAAGGAAAAGAGACAGCUGGAGAAAAAAAGGACCAGAAGGAGGAGCUGAAGUCACAGAAAGGUGGCGGGACGAUAGCUGAAGCAAAGUACCCCUCUCCAGAAGAGGAAGAAGCCCUAGGCUCAGGGUGUGCCUCCUCUACAGCUCAGACUCAACAAGGAGUAUCAGCACCUCGACUCUUCACUCCAGCCGCAGCCCUCAACAAAGCUUCGUCCACCCAGGAGAGGCCUCCAGCACGAACCCCGACGCUGGAAAAGCCUCCUGUAACCUCCACAACCCAGAAAAAGAGCCCCAGCACAGUCCCAACUCUCGACAAACUGCUUGUGUCCCCACCACUCCAAGACAAGACCUCCAGCACAACCCACAAGAAGAAGAGCCCCGGCACGGCACCAGCUACAAUGGAUCUUGGAAACAGCACAGAGGAGAGAGGAGAGGCGCUCUUUAAACAGCACACAAUGAAGGCAGAGCCCGCAGACCAAAGAACUGAGCCCCCUCUGUCUGAAUAACACACAGACAUUGACUUACCCAAGGAGAAAAGACACACCUCGGAGAGAGAGGGAGGAGGGGGCUGUGACAUGACUGAGAUCAGGAAAUGCAAGGGCACAUGAGUUCUGAGAGAAACCCCCUGUGGAAAAAAGCUGCUGGGUCCCACAUCAUUAGUGUUCUCCUGAGAACUAGAUAUUAUUUAGUGAACACGGUUGGUGCUUGUUUAAAUGCUAGCCUACAGCUAACAUCCCUGCAGCUUUUUUACUCUGACUUGAGUUGAGUUUGGUCAAAUCCAAUCAAAAAAUGGCUACUGUUUUUUUUUUUGUGAGGCUUCCUGAUUCAUAUGAUUUUGGCAGCUGGGAUUUAUUUUCUGGUCUGUGCUUAUUUACACCAACAUCAAAUAUACAGAUGUUAGCUGUAGCUAGUCAGCAAGACACACCAAUUGUGCGACAGAGUGUGUUUGUGUGUGUUGAUCUCGAUAAGGGACUUUGUUCUGUUUUUUUGCUCGAGACUCAUGAUUUUUUUCAUCUUCAUACACUGAUGAAAUGACAUGGAGUCAUAAAUUGUUCUAUUUUACACUCACCACAAAGAGAUGACACAUUUAACAACACAUUUAGUGUGUGUAGUUCAUCAACAUGUUAGGUUUCAACACAAAUACACAAAAAUCGCCUGCUUAUAUAAAUGAGAUCAUUCUGACAUAAUAACAGGUUUUCAAGGUCCAUUAUGUCAUUUAUUUCUUCUCACUUUACCUUCUUACUUUCUUUUACUUCCAGGUUCGUCUUCGAUCCACACUGAUGUAUUUUAUUUUGACUAACAUCCAAGUGAUUAAUUGACAAUUAGACCCAUUAAGCUCAUUUUUAAUUGGGUAUUUUUGUUAAAUGUUUAAAUCUUAUUGAGUCAAAAAAUAUUGAUUGAAUGGUGCUCUCUCUCUCAAUGCACUGUUUCUUUUUUGUCAUUGGCCUGAUAUUCAGGUUGAUGUUGGCUGUUUAGGAUGGAGCAUUACAGAAAGAAUAGUUUACAUUACAACAGGAUUACAGUACCAAACCCAUAGUUGCAUUUAUUUUCAUAAAAAUGUACAUCCUCAGUUGGAUUUAUGGAUAUAAACAAACUGCUGAGGGAGAUAAGGUAAAGUUACAUAAGAAGGAGUUCAGUUUUCAGGUACACGAACAUGCAGGCUUUAUAACUGUUAAUAGCUCUGGUGAGAUGAGGUGGAAAUGGAUUAACAAUGAAUUAGCCACUGUUUUUUUAAGCUUUUACAUUUAUAGAUGCUGCAUGGUGGCAGACUGCAGGACUUCAGCAGUUCACAAGGACAGUUCCCUGUCGCUUGUUUGACUUAAUCCGUCAUUCAGACCAUCAUGAAUCUGAUUUGAAAUCCAUUUUCCUCAUGUACCAGAGCAUCCGACUGAUAAAUUCAAGGUUUUUAAACACCAACAGCCUGCUUUUAUGGAAAUGCCCAAAGUUUCAUUCUUUGGCUUUUAUUUCAGUCAGUCCAUUUACAACAGUAUAAAUAGCCGUGUCAGUCAUCACAACAGGGGAAACUUUAAAUCAGAAGCACAGCACAAAAACUUGCCACUUCGAGGUUUGGUAGUGUGGGCUAAGAGUAAACAACAUAAAUAUAAGGUUUUGUCUUCACCAGAUAUUUGUCAUUUUAUGAUACAUACCAGACUUCGUUACUACAGAACCGGCUCCAAACAUGCUCCAAAGAAUAUUUAUAAUUCCAGAAGUUUACCACAUUUUCGGGUUGUUUUCACUUUUGAACUGAAAAUUAUUUCAAAUCAAUUUCCUCUACACUACUUAUUAAAGGCCACAUUAUGCCAACUAUGUGGUAAAAUAUUCCAAUUUUGCUUUUGCCUUGUUAAGAUGUUUUCACAUUAAGCCUUUGGAUCUUCAGAUGAACAAAUGGAAUGCUCUUUCUGAUUCAGUCACUGUCACUAAUUGAAGGAAGGAGCAUAUAAGUAUGAUCAGAUGUAGUGUAAGAUAAGAAUCAGUGUAUUUAGUCUAUCGAAGUUUCAGGGUGGUUGUGGAGAGUGGUGCGUGUUUCGUGAGAGCAGACCUCGAUGUUGUCAGCGACCUGAGCCUCCGUCUAAUCCUGGGGUAGAGUUUAUUUUCUACUGUCAUGUUUAUCUUUGCCUUGCACGCACAGGAUAUGUACAAAACUACAUAAGCAAACAAAAACGUUAUGAAAGUUAUGAACAGAGUGUAAAUCCAUACAAAUACUUAUAAUUAUUAAAAAGUUGAUUGAGUUGUGUCAAAAUGUGUAUUCUCUUGUUUUUGUUGUGAUUCUGUUGUUUAAUUUCUUCCUUCAUUCAAGUUUGUAAAGUCUCAGAAAACAAUCCUUAUGUUAAACUGGGAGACUCGAAAUAGAGAAGAAAAAGGCUGCAGUUUGAUAAUUUAAUAUUGGACGCAAUGUUUGAGGGGCUCUCCCUGAAGCAGAGAGGAAAAGUUAGGAUAUACAGUAUCUUGUGCUGCUUAGAUUUCAACUAUUUCUCACUUGCCACAUUUAUUGGACUAACCUGCUUGCAUGCCACACAUUAAAUCUAAUAUGAUAAUUUUUUUACAACCCUUUUUUGUUUUUUACUUGAUUUUGAGAUUUACUUUCCUACCUACCCUUCUGGGUGUUUUUGCAGUAUAUUUGUUGAAGAUACAGUAAGCAAAGGUUGGGAUUCCUUUUACAUUUUCUAAAGGUUCACGUCUGUGAUGUAUAAGUGAAGUGUGCUCUCUGUGUUUAGUAGUGAAAUAAGCCUUCUGUAGGGGAAACCAAAAUGACCACACAUAUCUGGGACCCCAUUUCUAAAACAGUGUGUAGGUUUCAUACUAAAAAAGAGCACACAAAAUCAAACGUGCAUGAGUGGAUCUGCCUCAUAUCCUGCCCUCUACACACCUACAUUCAACCAUAAAUGGUCAAUGCAAAGCACCUCAUGAAUGUCUGAUGACACUGUAUGGACAAUUGCGCCUCUCCCUCUGAUGCUUUCCCUGCUGCUCUCCACAUUUAGUGAAAACAUUCAUCCAUAAGUUAAACACCUUUAAGUUCAUCUGUUAUUUUAUGAUGUUGCAUUAAGUGAACUUUUGUUUUGGAUUUGCAACUGUGAUGCUUGUAAUGUGUUUCUCUUUUGUAUUUUCUGAUGUGUUGCUGUUGAUAAUUUGUUGUGUUUUUAUUGGGUUCAUCCACAACCAUAUGUUUGUGCAUAUCAAUAAAAGCUCCCAGAUAGUUCA